AUGUUACUCCUACACGCUCUGUUUCACGCCGGUCUCUGGGCCUUGGUUACACCUGUGUCUGCGCAACUUCCCUACAACCCAACACGAAUCAUACCCACGAAGAAUGGCGACCUUGCUUACAUAUUUACGCCGCAGUCGUCGUCCUCCUCCCAGUUCUCACUGUACUCGAUAAACGUCUCUCACGGUUUCAAUUCGACGUCGACAAAGGAUACGCUGACUGAAAAUCUGCCAUUUCUGUCUGGAACGGCUUCAGAAGCAUUCAUCGCGAUACCUGAUGAGGAGGGCAUCACCGUAUUGGCAGGAGACUGCAAUAACAGCACGCAAGAGAUUGGACUGUGGAGGCUGGAGACAAAAGACGGGGAGACGAAUAGUACCUGGCUACAUUAUCCGCUUUCCACAAACGACACGUCCGUACGGCUCAGAUAUCUCUCAGCCGGGUUUUCGUUUUCUCCGACCGAUUCCAGUGACGAUGUGUCGUUGUACGUAUUCGGGGGGAUGUGCCCCAAAACAUCCACUCCCAAUUCCGCCGACUGGGUUUCCGAUGCCACAUACUCGAACACUAUGUUGACGCUGGCCCCAAGCUCUGGGUCCUCGAGCAUUUCACCAUAUCAAUUGUCUCUGACGGGAGCAAGAGCGCCACCUAUCGCAGAAGCUGGGCUCACCAUAACACCAUUGACACCGGUCUUUUCAAACACGUCUGACACAAGUGUAUCCCAGCAACAGAAUGUCGUUCUGCUCGGUGGCCACACUCAAACCGCAUUCAUCAACAUGUCUCAACUAGCGAUAUUUUCUCUACCACAGGAGUCUUGGGCAUUUGUCGGUGCUUCCCAGCCUCAGGACGGGACUACGGUCGAACCUCGAUCUGGACACAGCGCGGUACUGACCUCUGACGGAUCCAGAAUUCUUGUGGUGGGAGGAUGGGUGGGAGAUGUAUCCACUCCUGCACAACCGCAGCUGGUAGUACUGGAAGUUGGCCAAGGCUACGGCGGCGAAGGGAACUGGGAAUGGACGGCACCUUCUGCAUCUUCGAGUCCUUUUUCCGCCGAGUCAGGAGUCUAUGGUCACGGUGCUGCUCUGCUACCAGGAGAUGUCAUGGUGAUAUACGGGGGGUACUCGAUUGGCAAGUCAAGUACACGCAGGAGGGAUGGGGUCGUGGGAGACAUCUUGUUUCUUAACAUUACGACAAUGUCUUGGUCCAGUACAUACACGAACCCUUACCCGUCUGGGUCCCCCACAGCUGUUGCGGGAUCCAGUGCCUCAUCCUCCGGCUUGCGACCUGCGGAAAAGGCUGGUCUGGGCGCCGGUCUUGGUCUAGGAAUAGCAGCAGCCGCUGGUGUGGCCAUCGUUUGGCUUCUGUACUCGCGCAAACUGCAGAAAAAGCGAGCCAUAAGGGAGAAGGAGUUGCGCGAGCAGGCGCUGGGCAGUCGCAGUCGCUUCCAAACACCCAGCCCUCCGCCUGAUCAUGACUUGGAUGCUCCUAAUUUUCGCUCUGCUAGUUGGGGUGCGCUGCAGGAAAAGCAUAUUGAAAGUUCCGGCAAUCCUUAUCCUUGGGCUCCAGUUAACGCUCCAGGGGAGCCUGGGAGGCUGGAAAUCCCCCGCGAUGAAGAUGGGAAUUAUGCGAAGCUUGCAGAGCGUACUGGAGUACUGAUGGAGGUACCCAGUCCCACGCGAGGGCUGAGGAGAAGUCUGAGCAAUAGAGUAUCCAUGAGUUUUGGACCUUUCAAUCAACACCCUCCAACCGGGGUGCCAGACUCAAUGUUUCGGAUCGACGAAGAGGACGAGGGUAGUCAAAGUGGCUCUUCCAGGCGCAUCAAGGGUCUCCAUGGCAACCUAGACGGCAAUUCUAUCAAAAGCGAUCCAUUCAAGGACCCUACAACUGCCGUCGAGGAUCCGGCAGCCCGCCGAAAGAAAGAAGUCGAAGGCUGGGUGGAGGACUGGCAAUCUGCCGCGGAGUCCUUCAGCGUAUCAAGGAGUACCAGUCAAGCGUACAGUCGAACACAUUCAAAUCUUUCUUCAUUUCCUCCGCUAACCACUGGUGGAGACGUAUCAAGGCAAGGUUCCCCAGAGAAGUCAGACCGCACCGGAAGCAAUUUGUCUGAGAGCAGCGCGUUCACGAGCUCUUCAAUCCAAAGGUCUAUGACUGGCACGAUAUCGCGCAACGUAUCUCAAAGAAGUGUCAGUGCGGGUUAUGCGUUGUUCGCAGGGGCAGCGGCUGCGAUGAGCAGAUUUGGCGGCGGCCGCGGAGCUCAGAAUGAAACCACGAACAAUGGCGGGCUCUCUCGAGCGCCGUCAAAUCGAAGCGUUUCGCUGAACACUGACUCGAACGGGCGUCCAAACGCCCGUGAUAAUGCCGACAAAUACGCGUUUGCCCGUGGGAAUCCUUGGGCCCCAGUUCCACUGGGCGAGAGCCAAGGUCUUCUCAAGACGCGAGGUCAGCCUCAGGACAAUCGGUCAUACAGGACGUUGCCUGAGAGCACUCUAGCAGACAGGUAUGCGAAUGCAAGCAGUCUCUCCGGCACGACUCGGAGAGCCAUGAAUCUGCUUGGUAGUAUGCGGCGCGUUUUUACAGGCACUGGCAACGUCGAUGUCCAUGAGCGCGUCGGCGCGCUGGAAGCCCGGAGUACUCAAUCUAGCCCGACAAAGCGGCCUGAGAUUAUAGACCUCGCUCCGAGCAGAGCUUUAAGCGUAGGAGCAUCGUCAUUCUGGCGUGGGAAGCGCGGAGCCAAGGACUGGGAUGAAGACCUGCCAGCUCGAGGUGAAGCUGGGCCAUCCUCAACGCAUAGGAAACCUCUUCCGGGCCAAGCUGUUGACGAAAAUGAUGAGGAACUGGGCGACGAAGACGACGACUGGGAUGUCGAGACUGCCGUGCAGAAAAGAGUAGUCCAGGUCAUGUUCACAGUGCCGAAGGAGAAACUGCGCGUCGUCAACGCCGAUGCGUUGAGUCUUUUAAGCAGCAACAGAAGCGAAGCCGACCACGAAGAAGACAGAGAGAGGGAAAACAUCAAGAGGAUGAGCAGUGUUCGGGAGGGUGAUAAUGAAGACUAUGAACCUGACGACUCCACGACUCAAAUGAAAGGAAAGGAGCGGGAGCACUGA